AUGUCUCGCACCGUUCACCUUAUUGUAUAUAACUCUCCGCUUUUCCCCGCCCACUGGGGUCUAUGGGUCCCGCAAAAGGACGGCGACCAAAACAUUGGAAAGCUCAUUCACGCCACGGGAGACGCAAGGAAUGGUUUCGAGGUUGCCUUUAAACGGAACUAUGACCUUGGUGCUACCAGUCGUAGUUAUCAGCUCCUACCCUUGGCCCAAGUUGCUGAUCAGCAUGUGGUUGAUGUCAAGGGAGAUGGAAGGACAGGCACGGAUACGACAGUCCAUGACUAUCUCGAGCAAGUUGCGCUUAGCAUUCCCGCACCAGGUCGAAGCCUGCGAUCGGCCACCAGUCAGGGAUCAAGACAGAGGGUCGAUAUUCAAAACUGUCAGACAUGGCUCCGAGUUGUGGUGACUGCACUCGUACAGAAUGGGGUCAUGGCCGAAAGAGCUCUUCAGGUGGUCGACAAUGCUCCCCGAAACUAA